AUGCAUCAACUCUCAGAAGCGAGCGGGCGCGUACCGUGGCCCGGGGGCUUCAGCUUGAGCGCGGCGGUGCAUGCGGUGCCCAAGCCGCUCAUGGAGCCGCCCGCCGCCCUCCUUCUUUCGUACGGCCCUCACUGCGCUCUCUCCAUGCAAAAGCAAAAAAACAAUACACGAAAAAUCAACCUAAGAUACUCUCUAGUCGUGAAUACGUCCAAACCGAAUCCCGCCACAGCUUCACCAACGCCCGGGAACUCGCUUCUCACGCGUGAUUAUCCCAUCGUGAAUCCAGUAUCCAGCUAUUCAACCAUUCAACCAUCCACUCCCACCAGUGCGUGUGCGCGUGCCUGCGCCUGUAGCCGAGAAGUAUUCAGUCUCUCGGACAGCUUGACUGGAGGUGCUGCCAUCACGUUUCCUUUGUUUUAG